AUGGUUUAUCUGGACACCGAUUCUGAAAUAAAGGACUUCAUAAAAGUGCUAGAUCCGAGCAGUACUGACGGUGUUUUAGUUGUUGGAGACGACAAUUUGAUCCAAAAAGCAGUUACAAGUUUGUUAUCCCGGGAUGAUUUUAAAACUACUCCUUUGUGGUCAUUGCCAGUCGGAGCGGUGCCCGUAGGUAUUUGGAAUGGGCUUGUAAACUCUAUCUAUGAAAAAACAGUUGUCCCUAAAUGGUUUUACAACGUUUUACAUUCUGUCCUACAACAGAAUACUAAAAGGAGAAAUGUUUUGGAAGUAAAAGUUAUUUCAGACGAUAGUCAACCAGUUGAACAAUCAAAGGCGUCAUCUGCGAAUACUUAUUCUUUAUUAGGUAUUGAAUGGAAUAUUUGGAGAGAUAUAGAACUUGGUGGGGGUUGUGGUGUUAGUGAUAGGCAUAAAAAGCCAACAAAUCCUAACGAUCACCGUGGUGUACUCACAACACUUUCAGUUUCAUCUCCUAGAUCUUGGAGUCGUAAUUUUGGUGCAUUGUGGAGAUCUACUUGGUAUUGGCUUCGAUCGUCUGAAAACAAUGCUCAAAUAUAUCCUCAUAGUGAUUCUAAAACUUCAUUGAAUUUUUUCGCAGAUUCUCCAGUCACUAUAUCUGACAAAAAGCUGGAAAAAAGUCGUGUGAAAUUCGCUCGCCUUACUUAUACUCCAAUUUGUACAGGAUGUUCGAAAUGUUGGGAGAAGAAGUUAAUGAGUUAUAAAGAAUCUGGUGUCGAAGUGAAUGCAAAGAAAUCAUCAUCUCUAUUAGGAAGAAUAUUUGGUUUCUCACUAAGCAGUAAUAAUAACAAAUCAAAUAUUGAUGAAGUGAAAAGUAUAGAAAUUCAACAACAAAUCAAAGCUAAGAGUUCCAUAGACAAUCCUGCAUGUGGAGAACUAAAGGAAUUAAUCGUUGAAAAGGCUUCUGGAUUCACAAUCACUCCAGAAGGAGAUCACAUUCGUUUGGAUAUUUUUCGUCGUUCCACCAGCUAUUGGGAUCAUAUACAACAGUUUCGCUCAUGGCUCCUUUCUCAACCGUAUUCAUUUAAAUCUGGUAGUCAGGUAAUAUUGUGUGAUAAAUUGCGUUUGUUUCCUGGUCAAACUGAGAACGAGUUUUAUUGGAUUGACAACGACUACUUUGAGGCCCACCCGAUUGAAGUGAAUUUGCGCCGCAACGCUAUCAAUCUUUUCGUGUAA